AAGGGUCUUUGAUAGGUUCGAAAUUAUUUCAAUAACACUUGUCGCGAUUUUUGCAACGACGCGCUCAAAAGGAAAAAAAAAAUACGAAGCGUGGAAUUCAGUGAACAAAUUUAACGCGGUGUGCGAGAUAUCUAAAUGGAAAUUGGAUUACUUCAAUGGAAAUUAAUUAAAAGUAAUUAAAUUCGUAUACAAUUCGAAAUUGCGGGUGUUGGAGGUGCUGAUAUAUCCGGCGGAAGCAGCGGCAGCAUGGAUUUGGAUUACGUCAAAUCACCCCGUUUUGAAGCUCAAAUGGGCAAUGGCUCUGUAUUGGAUAGAGUCACUCCCGACAUGGCCCAUUUAGUGAAUCCCUAUUGGGGUCGAUUUCCUCCGAUGCCUUCGGCGACCAGUCAACUCUUUGGCAUUUUCACAGCUGCUAUAAUGGUGAUAUCCUGCUGUGGUAAUGGUGUUGUCGUUUACAUAUUUGGCGGUACAAAAUCUUUGCGUACUCCUGCCAACCUAUUGGUGCUAAAUUUGGCCUUUUCCGAUUUUUGUAUGAUGCUCUCACAGUCACCGGUUAUGAUAAUAAAUUUCUAUUUUGAAACGUGGAUUUUGGGACCCAUGUGGUGUGAUAUUUAUGCCAUAUGUGGAUCAAUGUUUGGCUGUGUCUCGAUAUGGUCCAUGUGUAUGAUAGCCUUGGAUCGGUAUAAUGUCAUUGUGAAGGGUAUGGCGGGACAACCGAUGACGGUGAAAUUGGCUAUGGUGAAAAUUACAUGCAUAUGGUUGUUUGCAACAUUUUGGACACUGAUGCCGUUGGUGGGGUGGAGUGCAUAUGUUCCCGAAGGCAAUCUAACCGCUUGCAGUAUUGACUACAUGACCCGAGAUUGGAAUCCACGUUCCUAUUUAAUCUCAUAUUCACUCUUGGUCUACUACACCCCUUUGUUUUUGAUCUGCUAUUCAUAUUGGUUCAUUAUUGCAGCAGUGGCAGCCCAUGAAAAGGCUAUGCGAGAACAAGCCAAGAAAAUGAAUGUUAAAUCCCUUAGAUCUUCAGAAGAUUGCGACAAAAGUGCUGAAGCCAAAUUAGCCAAAGUGGCAUUGACCACAAUUACCCUAUGGUUUUUGGCCUGGACACCGUAUUUGAUUAUCUGCUAUCAUGGUUUGUUCAAAAUCGAUGGCCUCACUCCCACCACCACCAUACUGGGAGCAACAUUUGCCAAAACCAGUGCGGUGUAUAAUCCCAUUGUCUAUGGCAUAAGUCAUCCCAAAUAUCGCAUUGUGCUCAAGGAGAAAUGUCCAAUGUGUGUAUUUGGUUCGACCGAUGAGCCCAAACCGGAUGCUGAUGCUCAGACUACAUCACAAGCUGAAUCGCAAGCUUAGAAUGGCAGCGAUUUGUUUUGAUUGAUUGAUUGAUUGACGACAUAACGACUUUGUAUGAAGACAAGCAAAAACUAUGCAACGCCAAAUAAAAAAUGGCCAAAAAUUAAAAAAAAAAUGUAAUUUGUGAGAAAAAAAAGAACAAAAAAAUAGCAAAGAGAAUAAAAGAAGAACAUGUAUAAUUUUAUUAAAUAAAAUCAUCAUAAAAAAUGUUAUGGCAAAUAAAAAAAAAAUUUAAAAA